AUGGAGUCGUUGAAAAUUCACAACUCCCUCAAGCCGGGCGCUCCCGUCCCUUUCGUCCCCAUCGAGCCCGGCAAGGUCUCGUGGUACGUCUGCGGGCCGACCGUCUACGACAAGAGUCACCUGGGCCACGCACGCAACUAUGUCUCGACCGAUAUUAUUCGGCGCAUUUUAAUGCAUUAUUUUGGCUUCAGCGUCAAGUUCGUCAUGAACAUGACCGAUGUCGACGACAAGAUCAUCAUCAAGGCGAGACGGCAACGGCUACUCGAGCUCGAGAAGAACAAGACAUAUUCCAACGAUGAUCUGAGAAAAUUGGCUCUGGCUGCCUUCAAGGCAUAUGCCGCGAGCAGUCUGCCGCUGCUGUCGGGGGAUGGGGCCGAUCUGGACGAGACCAACUACGCUGCGCGACGAGACGCUGCCUAUGGCAAGGUUCUGUCCGGGCAUGCCCUCUGCGGCGAGGGCAAACCUGGCGAUGCAGAGGCCAAGGUCAAGAUGCACAUCGGCAACAUGGAUGCCGCAGCCAACGGUCUGCAGGAGGGUGCCAUAUUCCCCGGCGCCGACGAGAUUCUUCUACCCUACCUCGACUCCCUAUACAAGGAGACGAUCGACACCCGAGACCAGACCAUCUUCACGGAUCUCACCAAGAGCAUGGAGGCACUCUUCACCGAGGACAUGGAUAACCUCAACGUGAUGCGCCCCGACGUGAUCACGAGAGUGACCGAGUACGUCCCUCAGAUUGUUCGGUUCGUCGAGCGAGUCGUGGAGAAGGGCUUCGCGUACGAGGCUGAGGGCUCCGUCUACUUUGACAUUACGGCGUUCGAAAAGGCCGGAAACACGUACGCUCGGCUGCGGCCGGACAGCAAGAACGACAAGUCCCUCCAGGAGGAGGGCGAAGGCUCGCUCUCCAAGAACUUGGGUGGCAAGCGUGGCGCCGGCGACUUUGCGCUGUGGAAAAAGUCCAAGGCCGGCGAGCCAUUUUGGUCCAGUCCGUGGGGCGAGGGACGACCUGGAUGGCACAUCGAGUGCUCCGUCAUGGCCUCGGACAUUUUGGGCUCGCGGAUGGACAUUCACUCGGGCGGCAUCGACCUCGCCUUCCCCCACCACGACAACGAGCUGGCGCAGAGCGAGGCCUACUUCUGCGAGCACGGCAAGGGCGAGCACACCUGGGUCAACUACUUUCUGCACAUGGGUCACCUGUCCAUUUCGGGCUCCAAAAUGUCCAAGUCCCUCAAGAACUUUCAGACGAUCCAAGACGCCCUCUCGGCCAACUACACGGCCAGAAGCAUGCGAAUCGUCUUCUUGAUGGGCAAGUGGAACGACGGAGUUGAGAUCUCCCCCGACAUGCGAGCGCAGUCGGACAACUGGGAGAGCACGAUUAGCAACUUUUUCACCAAUACGAAAUCAUGGCUUGCCGAGGCGGAGGCCGUCACCGACGGCGUCAAGUCUUUGUCCAUCGGCGAAGGCAAGUUGGCCACCGGCCUCCUCGCCGAUCUUGAGCAAGCGAAGAAGGAGGUGGAGGGGGCGCUGCUCAACUCUUUCGACACACCGAGGGCCAUGCUCGUCAUCCUGAAGCUCGUAAACUCGACCAACGCAUACCUCAAGGAUAAUAAAGACACGGACCUCGCUGAAGUGGAAGCCAUCGCCAGGUGGAUCACCAAGAUGGUUGGCAUAUUUGGACUGGACGCCAACGCCAACGCCCCUUACGACGGUCUAGGAUGGGCGUCAGCCAUUUCGGCCAACGUAGACCCGAAGACGGCGAUCGGUCCGUACGCGGCCGUGUUUGACCGUGUCAAGGCCGACGUGACGAAACUGUCGCUGCCCGGUGACGCCAUCCCCACCCUCCUCGGCCGGGACCCUGCCAAGGAGUUUGCGUCGGUCGCCUCCAGCGGCUCGCGCGACAUGGAAAAGCUCGCGCUGCCUUACCUACGCGCCGUGUCCCAGAUUCGCGACGAGCUUCGCCGGGUCGUUGGUGCGCAAUCGCCACAGGUCAAAAAGGAGAUUCUGGUCAUCACCGACCGGAUCCGCGACCACGAUCUCACCAAUCUCGGCGUGUACCUCGACGACCGGCCGGACAACCAGCCGUCCCUGAUCAAGUUCAUCCCCGCGGCAGAGCUCAUCGCGGCCCGCGAGGAGAAGGCGGCGCGGGAGGCGGAGAAGGCAAGGAAGAAGGAAGAGAUGAGACUGGCUCGGGAGAAGGUCGAGCAGGAGGCCAAGGAAAAGGCCAAGAUCCCGCCAGAAGAGCUGUUCAAGAAGGACGAGCGCUACGGUGCCUGGGACGAGCAGGGUCUGCCAACGAAGAUGAAGGACGGAAGCGAGGUGCCGAAGAGCCAGAUGAAGUCGUUGAAGAAGUUGUGGGACAAGCAAAAAAAGGUGCACGACGACCUCAAGGCCAAGGGAGGGUUGUAG